CAGCGCGCGAUCAGCGGGGCGGAAGUUCAGCAUUAUCCAUUCACACGGAGAGAAACAGGGAGAAAGGUCUUCCUUCGCUUAGGACUUUAACAUCUCAGCUCAGAGGAAGACAGACGGUUCUUUAAAGCGCUAGCACGGCAUGUGAUGUCAGCUGACAGCAGCAGAUGUAGCUGACAUCCUUCUGUCACAGCGGCCAAUGGCGGAGGUUUCGGCACUGAGCAGUGGUGCUCUGAUGCGCCGCGGGCCCUACAUCAGCAUGAUCACCAACCGGACCAUGAACUUGCUGAUCCGUGCUGCCAUGCUCUUUAUGGUGGGCGUGUUUCUAGCGCUCGUGCUGAACCUGCUACAGGUGCAGCGUAACGUCACUCUCUUCCCUCCCGACGUCAUCAGCAGCAUUUUCUCAUCUGCCUGGUGGGUUCCUCCCUGCUGUGGAACAGCCGCAGCAUUGAUAGGUUUGCUGUACCCCUGUAUGGAUCGUCGUCUGGGGGAGCCGCAUAAGCUCAAGAGAGAGUGGUCUAAUGUGAUGCGCUGUGUGGCCGUCUUUGUGGGUAUAAAUCAUGCCAGUGCUAAGGUGGACUUUGCCAAUAAUGUGCAACUGUCGUUGACGCUGGCUGCCCUGUCUGUCGGCCUGUGGUGGACGUUCGAUCGUUCACGCAGUGGUUUUGGGCUGGGAGUCGUCAUUGCAAUACUUGCCACACUGGCCACCCAGCUACUGGUUUACAACGGAGUCUUUCAAUAUACCUCCCCUGACUUCCUGUACAUUCGGUCCUGGCUGCCAUGUAUCUUCUUUGCAGGGGUGAUAACUGUGGGGAAUAUUGGACGACAGCUAGCUCUGUACGAGUACAAAGUCAGUCAGGAAAAGACCCACCAGGAUUAAUGAAGAAUCCUCUGCGCACACGGGAAAAUCCAGGAUAAAGGAGUGAGGAGUCAAGCAGGAGCACCAUGACUGACAGAGCCAUCCAUCAUUGAGGAGGAGCUGCUCUCUGUGUUUGAGGAUGGACAGUGUUAUGAUCGGUUUUCUGCCUCCUCGGGCGCUCAGGUUGUCUAAGUGUAUAACAGUAAGAUAUCAUGUCGUCUACACACUCUCAUACUGUCUUCGGCAGCACUGAAAUACUACCAGCUGCUAUAAAGUGCCAAACUGACUCUGACUGAUCAAACCGCAUGACUGGAGGCAAAGCCUGGUGUGUACAAGAUGGACAAAAUAUUGACUGAAUAUUUAGAUGCAUUACAUGCACAGACACAAAACUGAAUCACAAGGAAUUUUCUAUAUGCUCUUCCUGCUGUCUUGGCCUCCAUCCUCUGUGACGGGUGGAGGAGAGUCAUCUGGACAAAGCACCAUCAUCGGAUCUCAUUCGUCAUACAGAAAAAUCACUUAUUAGAAGUAAGGAGAGUCAUAUAGCGUAUUAUGACAGGGCAUCAAAUCUGUUGCAUGUCACUUUGUUAAAGGGCUCCUCACUUCUGCGGUGUCUCAGAUCCACCACUAGUGGGCAUUAGAGCAUAACUGACCCGUCACCCUGUAUUUGUAGAUGCAGUGCUAAACACACAAAAGGCAUCAUAUUUUAUAACAGACUAAGCAGUGUGCUGUGUUCAUUAGGUGGGAGGGGGAGGUUCAACAAGGUGUUGAUUACUGCUCUGAUCACAACUUGAAUAUUUUAUUGUGAUGCAUUCCUCGUUAUAACCAGAUAAUUACCUGCUAGACCCGAAGAACUCAGUUUUGACUGAAAGAAGCAUCCCUUAUCUCCAGAAAUCACUUCAAGGUCUGAUAUAAAUAGUUGGCUUCAGAAUGAAAUGAAAGUGAUUCUUAAUGACAUUCCAUUGAUUAUUACCAAAGCCUUAAAAUAACAGAUAUAUUGGAGCUCAAAGUAAAGAGGAUAGAACAGGCAAACCACCAUCUGUGCACUGAUUUUCGACCAAUUAAGGGAGGGUUUUUUUUUUUCAUUGGGGGGAUAUUUUAUGAAAUGCUGAGUAGAACGCAAAAUAAGUGGGAUCAAUGUGGUUGAAGUGUUACAAUGAGAUUUGACAACUUAAUUGCAGACUUGCAAGAGUAAUUGUACAGUUUAUGUGACGUCUGAAAGCGAGCAUUUUGGGAUGUUUUGUCAUUCAUGGGCGAUUACUUGAUCCAUGGUUUGUAUUUAACCACAUUUACUGUUUUUUUUUAAAGUU